CUUCAUCUCUCUUUUUUCUUUUCUUUAUUCCUCUCCACAUUGUCCUCUUUAUCACUUAAGAUCCAAACCCCGAUCAUUCCUUCUGUCCCUGAACACCUCCACUUUGUCUCUAAUUUGUCCAGUUUGACUCUUUAAAUUUUCUUUUUUCAGUUUCACUUUUCACUUUUCACUUUUUCGACUUUCUUUCUUUCCUUUUCCUCGUUGUCCCUUUUACAUAUCUUUCCUCUUCUUCCUUCUUCUUCGUUAUCCUUUUUACAUCUCUUUCCUCUCUUUCAUCUUCCUCCACCUUCCUGUCCCUUUAGAUUCCAUCGUUCACGCAUCUUUUACCAUGACCAUCAAGACACUACCCAUCCUCGAGGACUAUGACAUCUCCCCUGUCACAGGAUUCUUGCCUGUCGAUGAACCUCUGGAGGUCUUGUCAGAUCCUUACUUUGCACCUUGGGAGGAGACCUUCAAAAUCUUCAACGGUCUCUUGCUUGCCUCUCGAAUCCGCCAGCAUGUGCAAGAUCUCCCCAUCCUUGAUGCUUCUCGUCUCAAGACAAAAGCAGAGCAACGGAGGGCAUACUUAAUCCUUUGUAUGCUUUCGCAUGCCUUUGUUUGGGGUAAACAUGAAAUCGCAGCCGAGUCUUUGCCUGCAUCUCUAGCUGUCCCCUGGCAAAAAGUAGCUGAUAUGCUCGAAAUUCAACCCGUUUUGACUCACGCAGCCGUGGUCUUGUGGAACUGGAGAUUGUUGUACAAGGAUGGACCAAGAGAUCUCAGUAAUCUAGAUACAUUGGGCACAUUAUCAGGUUCAAGUGACGAGUCUUGGUUUUACUUGGUCACAACCGCUAUCGAGGCUACAGGUGCUCCCGCCCUUAGCAAGAUCCUUAAGGCGAUUCAACUGGUCCGUGAUGACAACAUCUCGGGAUUGACCGAAGAACUGACUGCAAUUCGUGGAAUCAUUGAGAGUUUGGUUGCAGUCUUGAGGAGAAUGUUUGAACGUUGCGAUCCCUAUGUUUUCUACUGGAAAGUCCGUCCUUACUUGGCAGGAUGGGAGAAUAUGGCUGAAGCUGGAUUACCCAACGGAGUCCGUUAUGAAGGUGUCGAUGAUGGAAACUACAAAAAACUGGCCGGUGGAAGUGCCGCACAGAGCUCCCUGAUCCAUGCUCUUGACAUUGCGUUCGGAGUAGAACACUACCCUACUGGCUUCCGGCCUAACAAGGCAACAGGAACUAUUACAGCCAAUGGCGUCCCUCAUAAUUCCUACAAUGAUGUCUCAGCUCCCACCCCUGGAACAAAGGCAAAUGGAGCACCUGCAAGUGCCGGGUCUGGAUCAACAAACUUUAUCCAAAAGAUGCGAUUCUAUAUGCCGGGACCUCAUCGCAACUUCCUGACCCACCUGACAGAGGUGGCCAACAUCCGUCAAUACGUCACUACUAAAGCUGCAGCUUCAGAGAAAGGCAGUCGACCUGCAGAUGUGGAGCAAUUGAUUACAGUCUAUGAUGAAUGUGUUCAUCAGAUCAAGGUCUUCCGUGAUGUUCAUAUUCAAAUGGUUACCCUCUAUAUUGUUAUGCAAGCCAACCGAGGACCUUCAAUUUCGCAUGGAGGAUUCGCAAUGCAUUCUCAAGUACAAAAGGACAAGCAUAUAGACAACAAGUCCACCCACGUUACUACUACUGCUUUAUCUGUUGAUUCUACUGAUACGGUAUCUACAACUACGACUACAGCAUCAUCUGUAUCAGCAAACGGAACUGGAGCACCCGCAACCGGAUCCAAGGGCUCAAGCAUUCUUUAUCCACAAAAAAUAAUCUUUGGUGCGCCUCAUGGUCUUGCUAAGAAGCAGGAGGCAGGGAACGAUGUUGUUCGUGGAACUGGUGGCACAGAUCUUAUUCCUUUCUUGCGUCAAUCACGCGAUGAGACGAAUGAUACCAAGAUCGUGCCAACCCCAUCAAUUGGCACACGAAAAUCAUCCGUUGCUGUGGCCUAAAAAACAAAAACAAAUCACUCGAAAGAGACAUUCUUAAAUCCUGUAUCAACUUUUUCAUAGAUCCUUUAUUUUCGUUAUUGCAUUUUUUUUCCUAUUCAGAGUUCAACCAAAAUGAAGCGUCUGUUUUUGUAUACCAU